AUGGCCGCUUCGGAAGCACGUACACGAAUACCAAUUUCCCUGCAGCGUUCACGUUUCGCCUUUGCUCCGCCAGCCAGCAGCAGAAUAGAUAAAACAAACGAACACUGCAAGGAUCGCCCUCAAGAAUCUUCUGAAGCUACGCGUCGUAUAUCUUUUGAUGCCGCGAAAAAAGAACCGAAUUUAUUCCAACCGGAUUCUUGGAUGGAUGGACCAAUCAAGUGGAGAAAGCUGGACGAGCUGCAAGAGCAGGUGAAUCGCUCUAUUGCGCUACUGCAACAGUGGAAGUUCGCUAAGAAGCAAGCCUCCAAACACCAAGAAAUUAAGGAGAAAACACACGAAAAGCAGCACGUCAAUGGCGAUUCGCGGAUGGAUGGUCCUAUCAAUUGCAAGAUACUGAGGAGCCUGGAAGUGCAAGUGAACCAGUACAGUGAAUCAGUACAACGUUUAUACCGUCGCAUGAAGACAACAGGCUCGAAAAAGCACUUCCGAGGUCACUUGAGAUCCGGUUCAUUUUGA